CCUGUAGAAGAAGAAUGGUGCUAUGGAGACCGACGACUUCAGAGCUUGCCUCAUCUCUAUGGGAUAUGACUUGGGAGAGGUGGAGUUUGCCCGUAUAAUGAUACUGGUGGACCCUAAUGGCAGUGGAGUGGUCUCCUUCCAGUCCUUCAUUGACUUUAUGACCAGAGAGACUGCUGAUACAGAUACUGCUGAACAGGUUGUGGCAUCUUUCCGGAUCCUGGCAACUGACAAGCCCUACAUACUCGUGGAGGAGCUGAGAAGAGAACUUCCCCCUGAACAAGCCGAGUACUGCAUCAUGAGGAUGCCUCCGUACAAGGGCCACGGAGCACCACCAGGGGCGCUGGACUACACUGCCUUCUCCACCGCUCUGUAUGGAGAGAGCGACCUUUAACCUACUGACCGUUCACCCAACUUUAAAAGAGUCGGAUCAAAUAUGUGGAAUGAAAUGUUUGUGACGAUACUGAGUUUUUGUUGAUUCGUUUUUGUUGACGCAUUAGAUUGUGUACAAUCAUGUCUCGAUACUUUUACCUCCUAAACAUGGCCCUCAAAUGAAUGUUAACUCCCACGUCCACAUUAUAUUAUCAACAGCAAUGCAGUCACUGGUGUAAAAGGAUCACAGUGUUUUAGCUGAAAUGCAGUCUGCCAAUAAGCAUUUUGAGUUGUUUAAAGUGAACUGCUGUUUGCAAAAGCAAUUUCGGACCUGUUGACACCCAGCAUCGAGCACUAAAAAUGGAUUCCACUAAAGCAUAAAAAGAAAUGCCACUAAUGGAGGUAAACAAAGGAAAAAUCACAUUUCAAAAGUAAAUGUUUUUCAAUGGCUUACUAAUUCAGAGGAAGAGAACACAUGUAUCAACAAGUAAUGUGUUUAACUUUUUUUCCACAGGCAGCAGCAAAAUGUGUUAUGUUUAUGCAAGUAUAAUGAAGUCCAAAAAUAAUCACACAAAUAAAGUGAUUUCCCAAAUUUC